AUGGCUUUGCGAGCACCGGUGCCACUGUACCCUAGCCAGCUUCCGCCGCCCCUCCAUUCAAGUUCGCUGGCUGCACUCACCCAGCGCAAAUGGAACGUCCCCGCCACUGUACUCCCUCGCACGCUCCUGAUCGCGAUCUUCAAAGACUAUCUCGACUGGGCCUUUGAGCAGCGCAGCUCACGGUCCCCACGCCCUGACAGCGCGCAGCUCAUGUCGGUCAUCACGCACGUCUGCAGGCAGUGGCGCUACACCGCUAUCUAUACACCGGCGCUUUGGCGGAACGUCUCUCUGAGGUGGAGCUACGACAUGGUCGAGGCGGUGCUUCUGCGGUCCGCGGCUGGGAACGUCGGGAUACUCGUCGAGACUGGGCCGUCUCAUGUGCACUGGGAUAGAUCGGCGGCGCCGAGAAGCAACGGGGCUAGAAUCAGUGACCGCAGGUACACCCUGCUCGGCUGGCACAUGCCGCGCGUCCUAGAGCUGCGAUAUCUGACUAGGUGUACGAACGUCAACUGCCAAGUGCUCGGUGAUCUGCUACGGAAUGCGGCUAGUCUGGUGUUUCUCACUUGCAAUCCUCCCCGCGGUCCGACGGGAGAUCUGUCUGUCAUCCGGCUUCCGCCCCAUUUUCCGCGUACGGUUCUCUAUCUAAACCUCAUCGGGUGCAACACGCUCUGGAACGGGAUUCCAGUGAACUUGCACAUGCUGCAUUUCUCUUCAAGACAGUCCACGGGAGAUCUGCCGACCUUACUUGGAGUCCUUGGAGUCCUACCAUACCUCCAGGUUUUGACACUGAAAUGUGCCUUACCCUCAGUGGACGACACAUCGCUCACGGAUCUACCUCUCGUGGACCUGCCACGCCUCAGGGAGCUAUGCUUGCUCGACACCGUCGAACGCUGCAACGCCUUUGUGUCCUGCAUAAACGUCCCGGCCCAUGCCAAAGUCCUCGUGAGCGUCCGCCAGAUCCCCUCAGACCUGCCGACAAACGCUACCCCCGCCGAGGUCCUUCGCUCAUUCAUGCCGAUUCUAGAGACAUACUGGCGCGCCUGGAGCGCAGCGCAAAACACGCGCCCUCGCCCGUGCCUAUCCAUGCGCCCGUCCUUCGUAAAGCUCUGGAACACACAGGGCCGUCCCGUGUUUACGCCCAGCCUCCGCGUGCAAUGGGGUCCGCCUACGACGUUCAUCCCCUGGACGGAGACGAUUCUGGCUACGCACACCGAUGUUCCCCAUCUGCAGUUUUGCGUGGACAUUCCGUUACCGUUCUAUAACCCCGAGUUUCGGACGGCGGUGAUCUUUGAGCUCCUGGGCGAGCUGGAACAAGAUAGCUUUGGUUACAAAGAUAUCCCGGAUCUCGUUGAACACAUGUCGUUAUCCAUCGCUCCGAAGACCUGA